AUGACUACUCCUCCAGCAGCCCUUCCAUCGAACGUCCUCCAAGGGGCGGGGGUAGGAGCUAGCGCACCGUCGCCCGCUCCAAUACGAUCGGCACAAAAGGAGGGAAACCUGGGCACAUUCGGGGUUAAAUCGGGUUUGGCACAGAUGCUCAAGGGUGGUGUAAUCAUGGACGUAGUGAAUGCGGAACAGGCCAAAAUCGCAGAAGAUGCUGGCGCGUGUGCUGUUAUGGCUCUUGAGCGUGUCCCGGCCGAUAUCCGCGCCGAAGGCGGCGUCGCAAGAAUGAGUGACCCGAAAAUGAUCAAGGAGAUCGUCGAAGCAGUAACUAUCCCCGUCAUGGCCAAAGUUCGAAUUGGCCAUUUCGUAGAGGCGCAGAUCCUUCAAUCCAUUGGUAUCGAUUACAUUGAUGAAUCCGAGGUCCUCACGCCCGCUGACGAUGAACACCACAUCAACAAACACAACUUCAAAGUCCCGUUCGUGUGUGGUGCCCGAAAUCUGGGCGAAGCGCUCCGUCGUAUCUCCGAAGGAGCCGCAUUCAUCCGCACAAAAGGCGAAGCUGGCACAGGCAACGUCGUCGAGGCUGUGCGGCACUCCCGAGCGGUCAACGCAGAGAUCAGGAGGGCCAGUGUGAUGAACGAGGAGGAGCUAUACGCAUUUGCCAAAGACAUCCAGGCUCCGUUCCAUUUGCUAAAGGAGACUGCGCGGUUGAAGAGACUGCCUGUCGUGAACUUCGCAGCUGGAGGCAUCGCGACGCCUGCCGACGCCGCGCUGAUGAUGCAGCUUGGAUGUGACGGAGUUUUCGUCGGUUCGGGUAUUUUCCAUUCCGGCGACCCAGCUAAACGCGCCCGCGCAAUAGUCCAAGCGGUGACACACUUCAACAACCCGAAGAAACUCGCCGAGGUAUCAGAGGACCUCGGCGCUGCUAUGGUCGGCUUGACGAUUGAUGCGGACUUGAAGGGAGGGCAUAUGGCAAAACGCGGGUGGUAA